GCAGCCCAUCCACAGACGAAUUUGUUCGACGAACAUGUGUUGUUUACAUCGUUGGUGUUAGUGAAUUUUUUGUUGGUGUUAGUGAAUUUUGUGUUCGACGUUUUGUUCGCCAAAAAUUAAAACGUUUCAAUCUUUUUUGUGUUCGCACGAACAUUUGACACAGUGGAUGGCAGUGUUCGACGAACAUCAGUUGAAAAAUAUUUUUUUAGAGUGAAGACGUGCUUAAAAUGUCACAACAAUUUUUAUUGGAAUUUAUUAAUUGCCUGGAAAAUGAACCAGCAUUGUGGCAAACAAAAAGCGACAUAUAUAAAAAUAAAAAUGCCAGAAACAAAUCGUGGGAAGUUUUAUUAAAUAAAUAUAAAAAUGUGGAUGAACAUGCAUCCAUUGAAACUGUGAAGAAAAAAGUGAAUUCGUUGCGCGCAUCAUAUAGACGGGAACUGCACAAAAUUAAAAGGAGCGAAAAGUCUGGAGCUGGAACAGACGACGUAUACAAACCCAGCAUAUGGUAUUUCGAUCAGCUGAAUUUUCUUCAAGAUCAGGAGACUUCAGUUGACGGAAUAAACACAUUUGACGACAGCUUUGAAAUUGAAAUACCAAAGACCACUAAACGCAAACGUGACGAAGGAGCUCAGUUUCUGCAAAAAGCAGUAGAGCACUUGGACAAUGUAAAGAAUAUAAAAGCAAAAGACAACGCUGACAUUUUCGCUGAAGGAUGGGCUGCGAUGUUCAGGCAGCUGACAAAAGAGCAACAGCUUUUUGCAAAAAAAGGAAUUGAUGAGCUCCUAAUGCAAGGCAGUAUGAAUAUGCUAACAUAUUCAUCUGUGUCAAGCAUUGAAAACUUCCAGAAUAAUAUUAAUUGUCAUGCGCCAGUGCCGGUUUAUCCCCGACAAAUUAUUCGAGUCAGCACUCCCCUAACAAGUGACUCCACCAGUACAUCUUCCUUUAUGUCGCACUACUCUGUAGAUGAUAAUUCAACACGCCCAGUAUUGAUCACACAAAAUAACAACGUGGCAGCAUCUUCGUAUAAUGAUUUAUUCAACAGCGAUGAAUAUGUAUAAGGAUUAUUAAUAUUAGACUUAAAUGAAAUUAAUAUUUAAAUAAAACAUUUUUAUUCUUACUUUUAUAUA